AAAGUCCAGCAGCUCUGCUCAGGAUGUAGGGCAGCAGGGCUCCUGCAGGCAGGAGCUUCAUUCAUUUGACAGGGUUAGAAGAUCUGCCAGGAGUUUGCCUUCUUCAGUACAUGCAGGUCAGACUACCAGCCAUUCUGGUCUGUGCUGAAGAAUAUGUGGUACUUCACCACAGGACGAUAAGGAAGGGAUGUUAUGUGCCAGAGACCUGAUGGCAGAUUCAGAAGCCCCUUUGGAGCUGCAUGUGGAUGAUACAGGUACAUCCUUAGAGCUCGAGGGAGAUGUUACAGAUGCCCCGUUGGAGCCUGAAGUUGCACAUGCCCCCUUGGAGCUACAUAUGGAUGUCACAAACGCCCCCCUGGAGCUGAACAACACAGAUGCACACUUGGAGCAGCAUGUGGAUGGCGCAGACGCUCCCUUGGACUUAGAUGUUGCAGAGUCCCAGACUCUCAGCAUUGAGGAGCUAGGAGAGCAUUUCCAGGAAUGCAUUGAAGCAGUGGAGCAGCUGGAGAAGGAGAGAGAUAGCCUCAUCCAGGAACUCACGCUGCUCCGGGAACCUGCCCUUGAAGAAAUCAGACAAGCUCACGAGGAGAUACUGGCAGCCUACAGACUGCAGGCCAAGGGGGAGCUGGAGCGGGACAAUCUGAGGAACGAGAUCCGACAAGUCAAGCACAAGCUAUUCAAGGUAACCAGAGAGUGCGUGGCUUGCCAGUACCAGCUGGAAACCAGACGGCAUGACAUGGCCCAAUAUGCAGUCUAUCGGGCUGAACUGGAAACCAGGGUCAGCCAGCUUUCAGAAGAAAUAUCGCAGCUGAGAGAGACUUGUGAAAAACAGAAGGAACAGUUCAGGCAGCGCCUAGAAAUGCCCCAAUACCGGGGGGACAGCCAUUACUUGCAGGAGAGCCGAAGGCUUUCCAUGGAGUUCGAGAGCUUUGUGGCAGAGAGUCGCCAGGGCCUAGAGAAACACUAUGAGCCACAGCUUGUGUGCCUUUUAGAAAGGAGAGAAGCCAGUGCUAAGGCUUUGCAACAAACACAGGGAGAGAUUCAGGGGCUGAAGGAGAUACUGCGACCACUGCAGGGAGAGGCCAGCAGGCUGCGGCUGCAGAACAGAAGUCUGGAAGAACAGAUCAUGCUCGUUAAGCAAAAACGGGACGAAGAAGUUCUCCAGUACAGGGAACAGGUGGAAGAGAUGGAAGAGAGGCUAAGGGAGCUGAAAAAUGAGGUCCAACUUCAGCAACGUAAGAACCAAGAAUUAGAAGAGCUGAGGACCAGCCUGCACCAGGAGCUAUCUAUUUACAAGGGCUGCUUAGAAAUCUAUGGUCAUCUUUGCAACUCAGAAGAAAAAGUAGACCAGGACUGACCCAUGGACUUUCCUUAUUUUAUCAGAAAAUAAAUGCAGAGGAGCUCAAUGUGAAGGAUUGAGGUAUCUGCAGUGGACACUUACUUUUCCCCUCUCCCUGCUCACCCCCUCCUAAAUAAUGCAUAGCAACUAUUUAAAGUCAGGACUACCAGACAAUCAUUUGCUUGUUUAUAUUUCUUGAGGUGCUGCUCUGUUGAUCUUCUAGCACGGUAGAAAAGAAUAAAGCUGCUGUCCUCCAGGAGGGCACAGAAAAGUACACUUGUACUAAACAAUGAACAUAUAAAGAGGAAUGAUAGCUGUUUUGCUGUGUGUUUGGAAAGCAUAUCGAUCUUGUUUUGUAGGUGGAUCGUAUAGGCUUGCAGAGAAAGGGUCAUAUAGAAAGCCAAUUUUUUUUUUGUUUCAAAGAAACACUUCAAAGAACUACUGUUGUUGCACCGUAAACAGGAUUGUUUCUUUUGUAGCUCAAAAGAUGACUGCUGUAUUGUGAUAUGUUCUAGUAGGGUCCAUAAACUGAGUUCCCAAACAAAUUGUUUCCACUUUAUAUAAAAAUCUCACCUUGAAAAUAAGGAUUCAGGUUUUAAAGGCUGCUUGUAUAUCCCAAAGCACAUUCUGCCUCAUGGAGACUGCAACAUGCUCACAUGAUCAAAUCAAAACAGCUGUAAAUUUGUUCACACGUUAACAAUCAUCAUAGGAUGUAGACCUAACAGCCUAUUAACAAUUGUUAGGGGGAUUUAAGACCCAGGCCUGGUCUCUAUCUAAAACUUAAGCGGACCUAUGUUGUUCAGUGGUGUGGAACUUUCACUCCUGAGGGUGACUUAACGGACACCGCUAAGCCCCUGUGUACACCCAGGUAGGUCAACAGAAGAAUUAUUCCAUCAACCUAGUUACUGCCUGUAGGAGGAGUGAAUUAACUACAGCAAGAGAGAACCCCCUUCCAUCAUUGUAGCACCACAGCAUCUGCAGUGUAGAGACAGCCCCACUCAAAGCACCCGGGGAGAUUCAGACUCUGAGGUGUAAUUCUGAAAGGGGUUACUACAGUCUGCUCAUGCCUUCUUGAAGGCCAAGCUUUACCUUAAAUGUUGAAUGAAUCAGAACCACACAGCCUUAUAUAAAAAGGUAAUCCAUGCUACAAAACCUUGAUUUUCUGACCUCAUGAAUAUCAAGGUUUGGGACUCUUCCCCCACCCAAGGCUGCCACACCAUUAGAACUUUGACAGGUUUCAGAGGAACAGCCGUGUUAGUCUGUAUCCGCAAAAAGAAAAGGAGUACUUGUGGCACCUUAGAGACUAACCAAUUUAUUUGAGCAUGAGCUUUCGUGAGCUACAGCUCACUUCAUCAGAUGUGUACCGUGGAGACUGCAGCAGACUUUAUAUACACACAGAGAACUUUGUCCUUGAGAGGGUGUGAACAGAAGAACUUUCUGAAGGCUAAAUUAUGGAUAGCUCUGUAUAUGUACUCUAGAAGGAAUGGGCAAGAGAGCACCCUUCAUUCCUCCCCUAAUACGACAGCCAUGUUUUGGCUGCAGGGGGCACAAAGAAGAUGCUACAUGAUACUGCUGCCAAUGCUAAUAGCCCCAGAGGCUGAUGUGGAGGAGUAGCCAUACUCCUGCCUCCUACACACCAGCAUUCUUCUGGCAGCAUUUACAGGUCACAUCUUUUAAAGAACCUCCUGGAAGGUAUAAGGUCUCCAUACACUGCUGCUCAGAAAGCACCUCUAUUGUAAGAGGUACAAUUUUGCCUUGAGAAUGCACUUUUCCUGAAGUGUAAAAAAAAAAAAAAUCAAAGCAGCACACCAUUUAUGUAGAAAAACAAUUUAUUCCAUCUGAAGCACUUACACAUAAUUAGUCUUGGAGAGUAACAGCCUACUGGUGGAACAGGUCACCCUAGUGGGAGAUGUGCAGAAGCUAGUGGUCAAGGACUAACUCCUAAAAAAAAAAGUUGCUCAUCCACAUUUAAUAUUUUGUUUUACAUAUACCAGCUACCAAUGGUGUUUUCAGAUUACUGGGCAUGCCAUCUGUGGUAAGUCAGUCAGGUAAAAACAUACAACUUUACAACUUGGUGGUCCCAAGUUUUAAAAACCAUUUCACAGAAAGGAAAGAAAAUAUAGUAUGAAAACACAGCUCAAGAACACACAAUAGAGCAAACUACAUGGGUGGUGAACAAUGAUCUGCAGGAAUAGCUACCGUAUCCAAAAUUCUGUGUUGCCCACCAGAUGGGGAAGUGAAAAUCCAGAAUUAAGGAAAGAACUCUAGUUCUGGUUGAAGUCAGAAUCUGCACUUGAAAAUACUGGCACACAG